GCACAAGUUCGCGCUCGUAUCAUCGCCGCUAAGGAUUUCCUGGACAUACGCACAUCAGUUGUCGAGGGACGAGACCGCCAGACGCUCGUGUAUGCUGCGACGCGGUUAUCCUUGGAGAAUACGGCCGUCGGUCCCAAGAAAAAACACAAGAAAUGGCGACCAACACAGUGAUUGUCCAUCCAAACACCACAAACACCAGCACUACCCCAGUCAUCAGGCUGACUAUCACGAAACUGCUGGCUGCAGUGAAGCAGGGCAAUCUAGAGGCAGUGAGCAACUCUCUAAAGACAUAUGGUCUGCCAGCCAAUGGCCCCAAGACAACAGACUACACAGUGCUGCAGGCAGCCCUUCAACGGAAGCACCGAGAAAUAGCUAAGCUCCUCAUCGAGCAUAAUUGCAACGUAAACAACCCCACAGAGAACGCAGACUACCAGUCGACUCCUCUCUACUAUGCUGUGAGUUUGCAAGAUGAUGAAUUGGUUUAUAUGCUACUCCAGAAGGGUGCAAUCAUCGACAUAAGGGACUAUCGCUCAGGCCAGAGUCCGGCACACUUGGCAGCUGUCAACCGCUCAGUCAACAUCCUUUGGAAGCUCUUGCAUUUUAAUAUCAAUGUCAAUUUUGGUGACAGCACUGGCAAAAGCAUCCUUCAAAUUGUAUUGGAACAAGCUGUGUAUCAUCAUAGGACCCCUAUGGAAACAGUAAACACACAUUUGGUACGCAAGAUCAUGGAGUGUAAAGCCUCCCUAAACUUCCGUGCUGGUCCUCAUGGUCAAACACCUCUUCACUUGGCAGCUCUCCUACCACAGAGGGAUAUCUUGCAGACCUUUUUGUCACAUGUUGCCGAUCUGAAUCACACUGACUCAGAGUUCAAUAGCGUGAUGCACUCACUGCUGUCAACAAAAUAUGCCUGCUUUGCAACAGCCCAGGAGCAGGCUAACUUGGACAUUGUUACUGCAAUGUUACAUCGUGGUGCAAGACCCGAUGGAGUCAACAAGUGUGGCCAGGUGCCGGCACAUCUUGCUGCCAAGAAUAGACAUCUACGUGUGCUACUGCUCCUGUUGCAGUACGAGAGAUGCAUCAACAGGGUAGACCACGAGGGUAAAACUAUUCUGCACAGACUACUGGAGGACUUUGUAGCUAUUGACAAUAAACUACUCGAGCAAUACAGGAUGGUGAUAAAGCAAAUCAUGUCAAAGGGUGGCAGAGGAGACUUCCUUAGCACUCAAGGUACUACAGCAUUGCAUUUAGCAGCGCAGAGAAGUGCCAAGGAUGCAAAUGUUCUCUGGCUUUUGGUUCAAGGCCCCUCAGUUGAUGUAAACGUCAAAGACAAAACCGGCAAGACGAUCCUACAUAUAAUCGCCAAAGAGUCUAAUCCCAACAUAAAACUUGUAAAACUCCUGAUGAACAAAGGUCUCCGAGCUGACGUUAAGGACGAGGAGUUCGGUAUAUCACCAAUCCAGAUAGCUGUAAGGAACAAGAACAUGGCUCUUUCAUUGGAGCUUUUGCCUCACAUUAGCGACUUAAACGUAGUUGACGACUCGAACGGCAAUACUCUGCUCCACCAUUUGGUUCAAAGCUCUGGUAACGAGAAACUUGUCGAGAUACUUCUUCAAAAAGGUGCCUCUGUCGACAUAAUGAACAAACGCGGCCUCGCACCCACUUUCUAUGCAGCGGAGACUAUGCAGAUUAGUAUAUUGCUGUCACUGCUACGCCACAGCCAGGAUCUAGCUGGACAGGCUUUGAUGAAAGACAAUCAGACGAGCCGCACGCUGUUACAUUUGGUGCUCGACGCGUCGAUUCUCGGAGCAGAAGGUCUAGAAGUGCUGCGCAUCCUGCUGUUAAAUGGCGCGAUUAUUGAUCAGCUUGAUUCCAGGAAAAUCAUGCCUCUGCACCAUAAAGUACUUUACAGCCAACCCGAUCUAGUGGAUUUGCUGGUUGCGAACGUCAGCAAGAAGAAUCUUUGCGGCAACGAGGGUAGAACAUUAAUGCACUACUUGGAUAAACUUCCAUUAGAGCGAAUUCAGAACGCCGAGGCCCUAGUUAUCGAGCUAACAAAGAUGUUACUAAACUGCGGUGCUUUGCUUGAAGGUACCAAUGCACAGGGCAAAGGCAUACUAGACCUGGCUUGUAGGAACAAGGAGUUACUCAAAAUCAUAAUAGAGUAUGGACAAGACGUGACGACGAUUGUGGAUACCAAGAACAAUUCUGUCCUCCACACGCAUCUUAUGGAAAAAGUCGAGAAUAGGAAUUUACAGACUGUAACUGUACUAGUCCAGAAAGGUGUGUCGGUGGAGGCGCAGAACAAGGACGGUGAGGCGCCCUUACAUUUAGCAGCGCAGAACGGCGAGUUGGAGAUACUUGAAUUACUUAUAGAGAAAGCCGAAAAUGUGAACUUGAGAGAUAAGCGCGGGAAUAAUGUUUUGCACACUUUGUUGAGCACAAAACUAACACCUCCUCUACCAAAAACAACGAGCGUAGACGAAACAACAGCAGUAGAAGAAAACGCUAUCAAGUCGAUUACGUCCGAAAAAGAAAAAAAGAUUUUACAAAUUAUCGAGAAACUCGUGCAGAAAGGCCUCACGAUCAAUGCAAUAAAUAACGCCGGCGAGACACAUUUACACCUGGCCUGUCGCAGCUUCCGUAUGGACGCUUGCAGAUAUCUACUGCAGAGCGGUGCUGAGCCACAAAUUCGCGAUAAGCUUGGAAACGGCAGUCUUCACUUCAUAGCUCAGGCCAAUUCGGAUGAUUUAACAGACGUACUCGCUACCUACGAACAGGAGAUGGUUUGGUACCUUAUGAGUCGUGGCUGCGGUGCUAAUGAUAAAAACCACCUUGGUCAGACAGCUCUGCACAUUGCAGCGAAACAUGGCAGUAUCCAUGUUGUUGAAGCACUUGUUAGUAGCGGUGCCGAUAUCAAUUGCAUAGAUUCAGUGUCUAGAGCUACGCCUCUGCAUCUAGCCGCAGCUAGUCGGCGAGCUGACGUCAUUGGGAUUCUUGUAAUGUGUGGUGCAGACAUAAACUCUCGUCAGACUGAUGGCAGCUCUGUCCUUCAGGUAGUUCUUCGAAGCCCUUUGAAAGAAGACGACCUCGAUGAUGGUUUAGUAUUUCAUCUACUAGAACUUGGUGCCGAUCCAGAACAGCAAGAUAACUACGGUAAAACGGCCUUGCAUUGGGCUUGCUGGAACGAUAGACAUGGACUUAAAACUUUACUCGAUCACGGAGCCUCGCUUGAUACUGAGGAUAAUUGGGGAUUCCCGCCCCUGCACUAUGCAACCGAUGACAAGAUCAGAGUAGACGCUGUACUUCAUCUUACUAAGUUAAAAACCGCUCGUAUCCCAAUCAGUAAGAAAAAUGAUAAGUUUCUAAAUGAGCUCGUCGAAAUGUUUGAUCUAAGUGAGGGUAUACAAUCCAUGCACUACGAAGCAGAAGUUAAUUUACUGGAUCAAGUACUUAUAGACAGUAAAACUACGUUACACGAUUUUUUGCGAAUGGACAUCAAUACUCUUUCUUUCUUCGCGGAUAACAUAGUGCUAGAGAACCUAAUAAGCUCAGAAGAAUAUGAUACAAACUUCACACACUACGGCGUUAUAAUCAAAAGUCGCUUCAAUAUGGGCAAGGUUCGGAAAGAACUGCUGACCGCAGCUCACGACAACCUGAGUCACUUGACAGGAACUCCCGUACCAUUAACAUGCAGUAUGAAGAUCUUCGAUCCAAGCUUCAGUAAUGCGAGUCUGAGGUGCUUGAUAAAAGCCGGAACCAACGCCAGGCCAUCUCGAAAAAGAAGGUCAAGCUGCAACGAAGAUGAGGAAAGACCUGCGAAACAACCCAGAAGACCCAGUGUGUAGAAUGUGAGUUUUGCGCGCGUCAAAGGAGUAAGUUGUAUCUUUUUUAAUUAUAAGCGUUACGAUAAUUAUCGUAGAAGUAGCUAUGUUAUUCUUAUACGUCUAAAACUGAUGUAAAUUUAUUUUGUGGUGAUGUGCGUCUAAUUAUUUAAAAAUAUAUGUAUAACGGUGGGGUAGUUAUCGGAAGCCUAGGACAUAUUGCCGGUGAAAAAAUAUGAAAUUUUUGCAGUAAUAGUAAAACGAAUCUAACUUCAACCUUAUUUUAAAUAUGUAAUUAGAUUAAUCGUUAAGAAUGAUUAAACCUAUAAUUUUGACGCAUUUUAUGUGCAAAGAACAAAGUGUCAAACUAAAAAGGAGAUUGAAUACUAUCCAAAAUAUAUGUUUCAAAUUUAAGACGAUUACUCGCUUAAAGCGAUCGAAUAUGUGAUGUUAAAUUUAAAACAUACAAAAAAUGAAUCGUUAAAAGAAUACAGUUUUUCACCAGUCUAAAUGUUUUAGACUUUUCUUGUGACAGAUUAACGAUUUAAUUAUCGCUUGAAGUUAUUAAAUGUAUACAAUACCAACGUUUAUGUAUAAACGUGACGCCAAAAGUUUUUCCAAUAUUGUUUUACAUGCAUUUAAUGGCUAAAAGUAUAAGUAUACUAACAAUAAGUGAAACUAAUUGUUUAAAGCAUAGAGAGAAGACGCGACGUAUAACAGUUAGAAAAUAACACGAUUAAAACGCCAAAUGUUCAAAUAAGUAUAAUGUUAUGUGUACAUAAAAUGGCAAAUAUGAUAGCUUUAUAGAACGUGGAAAAUAGCUAUUUAAAGCUUGAAAAGCAGUUUAUUUGUUUUUAUUAUUUUUUUUUUUAACUUGUGACGGUUAAUGUGAAAAUCAUAUUUGAUGGCGUAUAUAUCUCCUCCAAAUGUGUACAUUUCCUAAUAUAAAUCAAGUUUAUUAAUUUUAAUUAUUUAUUUCAUUUAUUGUAAACAUGUAACGAGAGGUUUUUCGUCAAACGUCAUAUUUUUCGUAAAUAAAUGUGUUAAAACUUUUUGAGAUUUGUCAGCAUGCAGCAUUAUUAGUUUAUGCAUUAUGAAAACUAAACUUAGUAAAAUAAUUUGCAUUCAUUUCUUUCAUGUCAUAUGUACAUUCAUAAUCAGAAGUUAAGUUUGUUUCAUGUAAAAAUUAUUCCGUUGAAACAAAUUUUGUUUUUCAUCAACCCUGGCCAGGUUAAAAUAUGCUAUUUUCACACAAAGUUGUUUGAAACGUACUCAUAUUUGUAACAAAUGUGCUCUAGCAAAACAUCAACAAGUCUUUUCAUAAUUUACGUAGUCGAAGGGUCAGUCACUCCUAGAAAAAUCCGUCUCGAUCACAUGGGUCCAUUCAUCGUAACGGCGGCUUUUAGGGCUUCGGCGCACGCGCCCGCAGCAGUUCGUUUAUGCGGGAGGAUGACGCGCAUUAAUAUGUGAGUCUGUAUGUGUGUGUGUGAGACAGAGAGAAAAACUUUAUAUGCUGGAUUCUCACGAAAUAUGUGGGCCGUCCACAAGUCGAUUUUUUAUAUAUGACUUAGACUGCAACGAUGCCGUUUUUGUUGAAAGGGGUUUGCGAUUUAAGGGAUCGUUUGCUACGACGAAUUGCGACUAAAUAUUUUCUGGGCAGUAUUUACCUGUAUAAUAUGGAUAAUAUUAUCAUAUAUAAGUAGUCGAUAUUGAUCAUAUACUUGUACAUCAUUCAUUGCAUCAAUCUGUUAUUUGAGACUAUUUAUUAACAUAACUUCUUUAAGCCGUAGUCUACGCUUUUUUAUAUUUACAUUAUUUUAUGUACCCACGGCUGCGACAUUCAUUAAUUUGAAACUUGACAUGAAACACCGUAGAAUGUCUUAAAAACAGUGCAACAGUAAAACCCAUCCGUAAAUUUCUGCCGAGCCGUAAUCGGUAAUUGUGUUUUCGAGAGCGGCAGCGCACGCUCCGAUGACUGUACCUAUACGGACUCAGCACAGACCGGAUGCGAUUCCGCGCGCGCGUCGUUGUCACGUACGUUAAUGAGGAUGCAGAGUAUCCAACUCGAGACUUUCUUUCUUUCUAGUUUUUUUUAGCAUGUAACUGAAAUUCGAGUUUUAUAGGCUCUAAUGUGAUGAACGGGAGGUUUUAUUUGUUAUCGUAUUAAAAUUUAAUUGUAGAAUAUUGGCUCUAUAUCACAGCAAUUACUUUUUGCGUGCACGAUUUUAUUGU